GUGAGUAUCCGUUGCUAAGGACGCUUUAGAAUGUCAGUAUUGCCGUGAAAGCAGUCCUUAGAAGUGCAAAUGCAUGGAAGCUUUUCACCCAUUGUGCCAUUUUACAUAUUUUUCAGACUACACACAUAGUACUUCGAAGCUUUUUUGUCAACGUCGGCUUCGCAAGCUGUCGUGAAACGUUCUUGACGCGGAUCUCCUGAAGUGAUGGUUUUAUUAUACCGUCGACCUAAAUCUACGUUUUCAUAUCCUAAGAGUAUCAGGAGAAAAAAUGUCGCAUUCGGGACGAAUGUCACUACAACAAAAAAGAACAACGAAAUCAAGACAACGAGACGUAAGUGUGUCAUACGACGAGGAGGAGAUUUCUGGAUACAGCUUUGAUGUUGAUUCGGGGGAUUUUGCGAAGAAUCCAAACGUUUCCAAGAAUUGUCAGAAAACCUCGUCUUACGAAAUCAGAAAGGAAAUAAACACCAGCGAUGAUACAGAGGAAGAUGCCGGAGCCACCACCACGGAUAUUAUUAGACCACGGAGAUCCUCGUUUCUAGAGAAUAAAACCACCUCGGAAUUGAGAAAGGGUUCCAAUGAAUUCCGCUCCGAUGGAGCCUUCAAGUACGAUGAGAUCGAGAGCCCGGAAAUCUUGGAAAAGAAGCGAAAGCGAAGACUAUCGAGACGUCGUAGAAGUGAAAAUCGUUCUCUGGAAACGUCAAAAGAUCUCGAGGAAAACAAAAAGAAAGCCUCAAGUAGAACUCACGGUACUUCCACUUUCAACUCGGAAGAAAGAAAUACCACUGAACGAUCAAGAAAAAAAGGACCGCGCUCCAUCCACGGUAAGAAAGGUGAGGGCGAAAAGGUCGAACUUCCCAUCGCAGAAAUAUUGAAGAAGGCUCAGGAGAAUAAUCGGACCAAGUACGAGGAGCCGAUCCCCUUAACUGAACUAAAGUCGGAUACGAUCUAUGUUCAAGGUAGAAAUGGGUUUAGUGCUAUGAAGAUAACACGCGGUCGUUCUACGAGUAAGAAAAAAGUUGAAAAAUCAGCGGAAUCCUAUUCUCAUCCAAUAAGAGUUGCGAUCGUGGUUCAGAAGGUCUGGAAGUGCACUGGCUUUAUCUGUCAAGGUCUUUUAGCGGGAAUGGCUUUUAUGCACUUCAUUUUGAUGCAAACGUACUUCAACAAUUCGUAUGAAUUCUUGCAUAAUUACUCAUAUGUGGUGGAAAUUUAUACGAACAUCUUUUCCUUCCUUCUCAUCAUGUGUCUCAUUGUUACUUUCGACAAAUUCGACAUUGCUCAUUUGGAUGGUGAACAUCUGCGAAAGAUCUACAUGAAUGAAGCUAAAUCUGCAGCAGCAAUUCUGUUCUAUCUGAUCACAUUUUGCCUGCACCAAGUAUCUCUGAGGGUUGACGAUAAACUCUCCUUGAUAUACUACAAUGGCAGCAGUAACAGUAUCACUGAAACGACCUUCAAGAACGAGAGCGGCAUUCAAAUUCCACUCAACGAGAUGACGACAUGGCAGAGAAUGACACUGUCAAAGGAUGUACUUGCUGUGUUAGCCUGGUUCUUUGUUUGUCUUGGUACUCGAGACGACAUGUUGUUGAUGCACCUGGAAACCAUGGAGAAAUAUGCCGAGAUUCUCAACCCAACAACGUGAGCAUUAUCGAUCCAAGUGAUUACGAGUCGAGAUUAGUGGCAGCUCUUUUCUUCUCUUGGGAUAAACAAAAAACUCAUGAACCGUCAUUGGAAAAGAGGGUAGUAACUCUGUCUCCUUCAUAGAAGAAAAUAAAAUAAUAUAUGUAUAUAAGCCUGUUACACAUUGUGCAUUUUUAUUCUAAACGUUUUGACAGCGUAAGCGAAAUUAAUUGCUUUCGAAGACUAAUGAAUAUAUCGGUCAUUGUUUCUGAAAGCUCUCCUUUAAAGUCUC